GUCAGGAUGACGUAUUAUUGAAGCGACGGAAGAGUUGUAGUACAGCUUGCAUUUAUUACACGUCCUGCACAUCCUAAAGUCAAAGACUGAGAUCUUCAUCAAGUGGUGAAUUAUGCACGGACGUGUGAAGAUAAAGUCAACGGCGCAGCAGGAGGAGGAGAAGAGGAAGGAGAGAGAGAAAAAGUUGAAAGCGUUUGUGUCUGCUCGCGAUGCCGUCUUGAAAAAGAGGAGUGCUGGGGAACAUGAUGAGGAGGCUCUGCAGCUGAGUCAGCAGCUUCUGUCCUCAAACCCGGACUUUGCCACGCUGUGGAACUACAGGAGAGAAGUGCUCUUACACCUGGAGACGUUACGAGAGAAGGAUGAUGUGCAGAAGCUGUAUGAGUCUGAGCUACACUUUAUCGAGGCCUGUUUGAAAGUGAACCCCAAAUCUUAUGGCUGCUGGCACCACCGCACCUGGGUAAACACCCGUCUGCCCCAGCCUGACUGGACACGAGAGCUCGGCCUCUGCGACCGCUGCCUCAGCCUGGAUGAGCGCAACUUCCACUGUUGGGAUUACCGGCGCACGGUGGUAAAGGAGUCCGGUGUGUCAGUCGAGCAGGAGCUGCAGUUCACAGAUCGUCUGAUUGGCUCCAAUUUCUCCAACUACUCCAGCUGGCAUUACAGGAGCACGCUGUUACCUCAGCUCCACCCACAGCCUGUCCCUGACUCCACCCCCAACACAGGAUCCUCCCCCACCGCAUCACCUCAGAUUCACUCACACAGAGUCUGUGAGGAGCAGCUUCUUAAAGAAUAUGAGCUGGCGCAUAAUGCCUUCUUCACCGACCCCAACGACCAGAGCGCCUGGUUCUACUACCGCUGGCUGCUGGGCAGAGCGGAGCGUGAGGAGAUGAUCAGUUGUGUGUAUGUCAGCCGGGAGGGCGAGAGGGUGUCGGUCGCUUUCUCCAAACCUGUUCAUGCUCAGUCAGAGGGUCUGAUGUUGGUGUUGGAUGGGCAGCCUCAGCAAGUGGAGUGGAGAAGCGCUCACCCUCGUUUCCGUCACAGUCCUGUCUGGCUGUGUGAUCUUCCUUCCGGAUCCAUCAGUGACAUGAGUAAUGAACACAACCUGACUGUCCACUGGACAGAGAAACACGCACACAGAGACUGCGCUCUCUACACAGGCUGUGCUGAAAGCUGGUGUAGAGACUCUGCCACUGAUCAGGAGCUUUUCAGGAGUGAAUUGUCGGUUGAGAAGAGUUCGGUGUUACAAGCUGAGCUUCAGUCCUGCAAUCAGCUCCUGGAGCUCGAACCGCAGAACAAAUGGUGUCUGCUGACGAUCAUACUGCUCAUGAGAGCUCUGGAUCCGCUAGGCCAUGAGAAAGAGACUCUGGCACAUUUUCAAACUCUUAAAGAAGUGGACCCAAUGCGCUCUUCCUACUACAGUGAUCUGUGCAGCAAGUUUUUGAUAGAAAACACCAUUCUGAAAAUGGAGUAUGCAGAGGUGCGAGUGUUUAGCCUGUCAAAUAAGAGCUUGACGACCUUGUGUCACCUUGAUCAGCUUCUCUUGGUGACUCACAUCAACCUCUCCUCUAAUCAGCUGCUGCGGCUGCCACCUCAGUUUGCCAUGCUGCAAUGCCUUGAGGUGCUGGAGGCCGAUGACAAUGCCAUUGAAGGUCUGGAGGGACUGCAUCAUCUGCCUAAACUAGAGGAAGUUUCUCUGAGAAACAAUCAAAUCUGUAAGCUCUCUGAUCUUGAAUCACUGGCGUCCUGCACCAAACUGACCAGACUGGACCUGCGUGGAAACCCUGUCCACAAAACUGCCAACAUAGAGUCUGAGCUGAGCCAGCUUUUGCCAUUAGUUACUGCUCUGUCUCUUUGAUGUGUGCGUGCGUGCAUGUGUGUGUGUGUGUGUCUGAGUAAGUGUUCAUGUGUGUGACUUAAUGCCUGUAAUGCUGUAGAGAUAAUUAGAGCUCACUAACCGUACCUCAUAUGCUGGACCUAAAGGUUAGUUUAGCCAAAAUUGAAACUUCUGUCAUUUAUCUGGAUUUUGGUAGGCUGUAUAUUUGAUGAAUGUUCAUGCUGCUCUUUUCUUCCAUGCAAUGACAGUCCCAAUGUAAUGCAAAUAAAAUUGAAAAGAAGGUAUUGACAUUAGACGCAUUUCACUGAAAAAGUAACAUCAUACAGAUUAGGAAAGAUAUGUAUAAAAUGUCUAAAAUGUCUAAAAUUUCAUUUUUGGGUGAACUAUGCCUUUAAAAGCGUUCAGCUUUUGUCUGUAUGUUUGUCUGUGUUUGUGUGUGAUAUAUGACGGUUCACAUUUCAAGUAACAAAUAACUCUGCAUGCUGAUAGAGAGAAAUAUUUCACCACAUCUGCUUUUAGCUCCAAAUCCUGAGGGUCCUGUUUUGGGCAGGGAUAUUGUUCUUGCAGUGUAUCAGUGAAGAUGCAAAAACGGUAUAGGUUUAUUAUACUGUAUGAAUUAGACACCUUUUUUAGCACUGCAAAAAUCAAGCAUUUGUGUUGUGAAAGCUGCAGGUAUGAGUUUACAUACCAAUAAAGAAACGUGUUUCUUCCCUAUGUCUGUGUCUAGCUGGGUUUCUCCUAUUGUAAUGUUAGUGGGGUCUUAUAAUAAACACAGGAGAUGCUGUGUUGGGUUUGGUAAUUAUAAUUAUAUUAUAAUAUAUAUAACCAACUAUAAUAAUUGGUUUGUGCAAAUAUAGCUACAAGCAGCCCAAAAGUUAUGUGGAUAAGAAUGAGUUGCUCAGUCAUUGUACAUAUAGAUAUGACCCUAAGUUAUUUCAAAAGUAAAAAGUAGAUAUUAACUUAUAAAUGUAAAAAAGAGAGAGAGAGAGAUGAUAUGUGGAAGACAAAUAGCUCACAUUGAUCAUAUUUAGCAAGUAAGCAGAUCAACUGAACAUAUUUAGCAAGUAAGCAAAUAGAGACAGGAAGCAUGGUAAAAUUAUUGCCACAUUAUGAUCAUUUCUAGUCAUGUUUUAGGGCUGUUUCUUACAGAGCUGCUUUUUACUGUUUAUCUAGACGAAUGUUUUUGACCAUUGUAAGUGUAAGUGUUUGGUGUAAAUAGUCAUAGUUCUGUUUUAUACGACUACAAAGGAUGAAGUACAUUUAAUUCACUGAUGUGUAGUAAUUAUUGUAAAGCAGCUAUGUUUUGUUGAGCAGUAAUUACAGUAAUUACAGUAAUUAUAGUAUAGAUAUUCAUUUCAUAUUGUGUGGUUGCAUUUCAUGUGCACUAUAGACCAGGGGUGCUCAACCCUGGUCCUGGAGAUUGACUUUCCUGCAGAGUUCAGCUCCAACCCUGACCAAACACACCUGAACCAGCUAAUUAGGAUCUGAAGGAGCACGUGAUCAUUACAGACAGGUGUGUUUGAUUAGGGUUGGAACUAAACUCUGCAGGAAAGUCGAUCUCCAGGAACAGGGUUGGGCACCACUGCUAUAGACUAUGAAUAUUCAAAACAAUGAAUGAAGUGAAUCAUUUAUUUCAGUUACAUGACUAGUAGUUUACUUUAUAAGAAAACAGUUUGCUCAAGUGUCAUUACACAACAAAUGUUAAGAAACUCAAUAACUGGUUCUUGAUCGGUUUGUUCGGUUGGUAUUAAUUUUGUGUUCACAGUUAACCCUUAGCAGGGAGUUUGAUUGACAGGGCAACCUGACCAGUCAUAAUGCUGAAUCUGUCAUUUUCUCCAACAAGCAAACCAGACAGGAGAAUAGAUAAACGUUUGCAGACUUGAAAAGUGGUGUGUAUUGAUGUCUUUCUGCAGUUGAAAAAAUAAAAUACCUUCUGAUGUUCA